AUGAUGCCACGAGUCGUGUGUCGAGUGAGAAUUGUGCGGAUGUGCAAGAACCUGGAGCUCGCCCGUCGUCGAGCAGAAUGUGCAAGGAACGAGACGAAACGAAAAGGAGCCAGACCGAGCCCAACGGGAGCGGUUCCGAUGUGCGGUACGAUGCAAAGCAGUGUCGAAGAUAUCAGACGAGUGGAAAGCCUUGAGAGGCUGCAGCUCUACGCCCUGGUCACAAAGCGUCAAACAUGGCGAAAAGGGGGCGAGGCUUCCUAG